UCUAAGUUGUGGACUUUUUGGAGUCUCCACGUGACACAAACUCAAGUUCCUCCUUUAAGCAGCUUUAUGCAAAUGCAAUGUUUCAUUUAUUUAUUCGCUUCUACCACAUUCCUUCUAAAGUAACUCCAAUGAAGCAUCAAAUUCUAUUGUUUUUCUUUGUUCUCAUUCUUUCUUCUUUCUUUGCUUCUGCUCGUUUUCUUGUACCACCAAAUGCUUCAAAACAUGGUGAAAAGGAAUUGAAGGUCAUUGGUAAAUCAUCCACCGAAAUGAAAGAAGAUAUGGAACAAUUGAUGGGAUCAGAGGAGUGUUCUGAAAAGGAUGAAGAAUGCUUUAGCAGAAGGAUGAUUGCAGAGGCUCACUUGGAUUAUAUCUACACCCAACACCACAAGCCUUGAAUCAGUUCAAGUGCAUUGUAGAAAUUGAGCAUGAGUCUUUAUUAAAACAAUAAUAAAAGUGUUAAAUCUGAAACAUAAAUGAAAGGUGUAUCUGUAUAUCUGUGAAGGUUGUUAAAUAUGUAAAUUGUUCUGCAUUA